GCAUCGCAUAGUACACAACUUUCACUGAACUGGACUGGAGACUACCUCCGUAGAAAAUAUAUACGCGGAGAAAGCAGCUUCACAGUCCAAUCUUCUUCUCUCAAUCAACUUUCAUCUCCUUGUGUACACAAAUUGAGAAAGAAUAAUAAUGUAAAAGAAGUCCAGGGUAGGAAAGCAAUAUUCUUCUCCUGGCUUCAAAGGGAGGACUACUUAUCAGAAGAAAGAAAAAUGGAGAUCACGUUGGUUGACGAAUUCACCAGCGUGGCGGAGGGGGAGUGGGGCGAUUUUAUCUUCAGAUUGGCUGAUACGUCGUACUACCCGAUUAUCUUGGAUCAUCUGAGGGACACCUUGUACGUUGACGAGCCACUGAAUCGACUCGCUGGAAAUUCCCUCGCCAAACAGAGUGAGCUGGAUUACUUGGCGAUACAGUUUAUGGAGGAGAAUCUCUCCUUCUUUGCCAUCCAUAAGCCAACGAAUCGUGUCGCUGGGGUGAGAAUCAUGCGGGAAAUGACGCGUGAAGCGAAAGCCCCAAAUAUGGAGGCGUUCCAGUCGCUUGAAUUGCAUAAAAUGAUUCCAUUCUGCCUCAGUAUUCAGGAAGAUUGCAAGGUUUUUGAUAAGUUGGGGGUCGAGGAAAUGGUCACCUUUGUGACGAUCUCGGUGGACAGGGAAUUUCGUCAUCAGGGUCUCGGAACGGAAAUGUAUCGCAGAUCGAUCGCACUCCUGAAGGAGAAAGGUUAUCAUGCUGUCGAUGGGUGUUUUACGCAUCCGUAUGCACGCACGAUUGGCGAAAGGCUGGGGUUUGUGGAGCUCGGAAGAGCAUACGUUAGUCAGUAUGAGGAUGCAAAUGGGGUCAAAGUAUUUCCGGAUGCGGAACCGGAAGACUUCGUCAGCCUGAUGGCACUUAAAUUUUGAAAGUUUAGUCAUUAUACUUACAAACAUAUUAUGACCCCUUCUGAAUCUCAUUACCCUUUCGUGCCCAAACUUGAAACAAUCAAAUGCAAAAACGUGCAAAUAUUUCUGAAUUUUACGAAAAACACAGCGAUAAUUGAUAAAUUUUCUCCCUUAAAGGCAGACAUCUUACUGUAGAAAAUUUGUAGAAUUUUUGCAGUAGGUUGUACCACCUAGACAUUUACUUGAGAUAGACAUGUUCAUUUGCAGCAAUAAUAAUAAUAAUGCAUUGAUUUUUUGCCUUUAAUAGAAACUAGAAUGAUAAGUGCUUAUCUACAAAUCAAGUUGCCUCUAUUUAACACAUAGAAUUGCACACCUUGCUUGAUUUUUCCAACAACUGCCCUAACAUUGCCUGCAAAAAAGUAUGCAAAUAUGUACAUAUGCAAAAAUAAUAAUGUCCCUUUGCUAAAAGAACAAACCUUGUUAUACUCAUGAGUACAGUACAGACACCUGUCAAGAUAUAUAUGCAAAUCUGUAAUUAAUGUCCAAUUAACUAAGCAAAUAAUUAACUAACUUUCCAAUAAUUAAACUGACAACUACCUAAGUACAUACUUUUCCACUCUACUAUCAAUGAAUUGAUAAUUUAUGAUGAUGACGAAGAAAUAAUUGAUAAAUUUCUGACCACUUUCAAAGAAUUCGAAUUUCAAACCGAUUCAGUAUUAUUGCUGAGGAAGAAAAAAAACUUGCCUCUUUUAUCUUAAUCUUAAUCUUUGGCUGUCUAUGCACCUUUUAAACGGGACUUUCUCCAGUCUGGAAAUGUAAUAACAAUGCAACAAAGUAGCUUUCAUUUAGAUAAUCACAAUGUUCAAAUAAAUAUUGAAGAGUAAUAAUUGAUGUUUGUAGUUUAUAAUAUGUAGGAGAUUGAUGAUAUGCUUGUUCAAAAAUGUUAAUUGUUAUUUAAUUAUGCAUUAAAAUGUAAAAAAAUGGAUGGAGGAAAGCAAUAAAGAAAAGCAAAUACAACUUGUUGGAGAAACGA